UUUAGUGCUUACAUGCUGCCUCCACUUCCUGUCUGUUUUCAUGCCUGCUGAGAGUUUGGACAGAUGUCAUACAGUCUAUAGUUUGGACGCUGUUUGACGUUUUGCAGCAGGUUGACUAUCAUAGGGAAGCCGUAAGAGAUGAACAGUGAAAACUUCAACCUGAGUGAGAAGAUAGUAUCCUCCUCCUACAUUCGACAAGGCAGCCAGGCUCGCCGAAGCCAUGAGCAGCUCAUCAGACACUUACUGGAACAGGGAAAGUGUCCUGAGGAGGGAUGGAGUGAGAGCACUGUAGAGCUCUUUCUAAAUGAGCUGGCUGUGAUGGACAGCAAUAACUUCCUUGGAAACUGUGGUGUGGGAGAGAGGGAAGGCAGAGUGGCAUCCAGUCUUGUGGCGAGAAGACAUUACAGGCUGAUCCAUGGCAUAGGUCGAUCAGGUGACAUUGCUGCUAUUCAACCAAAAGCAGCAGGAUCCAGUCUGCUUAACAAGCUCACAAAUUCAGUUGUGUUGGACAUCUUAAAGCUCUCAGGUGUCAGGAGUGUGGCGAGCUGCUUUGUAGUUCCCAUGGCGACAGGAAUGAGCUUGACUCUCUGUUUCCUCACCCUCCGUCACCGGAGACCCAAGGCGCGCUACAUCAUUUGGCCUCGCAUCGACCAGAAGUCCUGUUUCAAAGCCAUGAUCACAGCAGGGUUUGAACCAGUUGUGGUGGAAAAUGUUCUUGAGGGCGAUGAGUUGUGGACAGACUUAGAAGCAGUUGAGCACAAAAUUACGGAGCUUGGAGCUGAGAACAUCCUGUGUGUUCACUCCACAACAUCCUGCUUUGCCCCGCGGGUCCCUGACAGGCUUGAGGAGCUGGCCACUGUGUGUGCCAAACAUGACAUUCCUCAUAUAGUGAACAAUGCAUAUGGAGUACAGUCAUCCAAAUGUAUGCAUCUUAUACAGCAGGGCGCUCGAGUUGGAAGAAUUGAUGCCUUUGUGCAGAGCUUGGACAAGAACUUUAUGGUUCCAGUAGGUGGCGCCAUAAUUGCAGGUUUUGAUGAGUCCUUCAUACAGGAGAUAAGCAAGAUGUACCCAGGUCGAGCGUCAGCCUCACCUUCCCUUGAUGUCCUCAUCACCUUACUCACUCUGGGCGCCAGCGGCUACAAGAAGCUCCUGUCAGAGCGAAAGGAGAUUUAUUUGUUGCUGGCUCAGGAGCUGAAGAGUCUGGCCUCUGCACACGGGGAGAGAUUGCUCCACACCCCACAUAACCCCAUUUCCCUGGCCAUGUCUCUGGAUGGUCUCCAGGCCGAGAGCGACAAGGCGGUGACUCAACUGGGCUCCAUGUUGUUCACCCGGCAAGUGUCGGGAGCCAGGGUAAUACCACUUGGAAAGGAGCAGACCAUAAACGGACACAAGUUCUGCGGCUUCAUGUCUCACUCGGAGGCGUACCCCUGUCCUUAUCUCAACGCGGCCUCGGCCGUUGGGAUCACUCGGGAUGAUGUGACUCUGUGCAUCAAAAGGCUCGACAAGUGCCUGAAGACCUUAAAGAAAGAGGGAAAUGCUGUGAAAAGUGGUCCUCAAGGACUUCCAUCAUGCCAGGAGGAUGGAACUGGGGAAGUAACUGAGCAAUAAUAAGGACAUUUGUACAGACUAAGAGGAAGAAAUAUGAGAAAUAAGUGGAAUUUUAAAGAACACAAGCUGUAUACAAAUGUGACCUCAGAGUAUAUGUCUAUGUGAGUAAUCUAAAGAUAGCCCAAAGUGUUUGCUACCUUAUUCUUGUCUAUAUGUGCUGAAAAUUCCAGCCUUUGUUAUUUAGGAUCUAUAAUUUGCACUGGCCUUUACUUUCUGUUUGUAAUUUUUCUUAACUAAAGCCAUCUAAAGCCUCCAGACUGUCAUUAUGGGGUGAAAUAUUCUUUAAAUUACCCAGCUAGACGUGUGUCUUGGGAACACAUUAGCAUUUCCACCCAUCGAUUUAUAGAGGAAUACAGCUUUAUGAUGUCGAAUGUUGUGCCAUGUCUUCUGCAGUGUGUUGUAAUGCGAUACCAAUGACGCUGAGCCAUUAACUCCCAUUUGAACCCACUCUAUCGGACAUUUACUUUCAGGCUCUGAAACACAUGGCAAGGAUGAAAGAAUCAAUGAAGCCCACUAAACACAGAUCACUUCUGUGUUUGGUAAAGGAAAUGUGCGAUGUAAGAACCUGCUGUGAAAGUAGUAUUAACAAUUUAAGUGGAAUAUACUCUAGUGUUAGUGUUACGCAGCUUAAUAUGCGUUCUGGAUUCAGUCAGUGCUUCAUGUGGGAAUUGAUCUGUAAUUACACAGGUCUCCCUCAUGUUUGCACAUUCCAGAGGUUUUCUUACAUGUUUGGUAUUCCUCAGUGUGCUCUCCACUCUCAGUCAUUAGGACGCAGAGCAGCUCAUACCCGGAGGCACAAAAAUAGACUCCAACUAAAGCCACACUGACUGAUGACUAAUCUAUAUUUCGAUACUGCACAGUCAAAGUUCUUCCUGUUCCCUCCCUUUUAUCUACUGCAAAUGACGGAGAAGGACUGCUCUUUCAGAGCCUUCAGGCAUGUGAAGAAGAUGCUGCAGCAUGUUCUGGAUGUGAAACGAUUAUGUGUGGCUCAGAACUUGAAGAACCAGCUAUUAUCUUCAUCUGUGCAAGGCCCAGGUGUGUGCAUGUGAUGUACUCACUCAGCCCAUGCAAGCUUUCUCACUGCAGUCUGGUAAAGCAGCUCUGAAUCCUGAGUACAACCCACACAGCAGCCUUUUGAAACUGGGCUGGAGUCGGACAGAUAUGGGUGCUGCGUCAGCACACAUUUACUGUUCCCACGGUUCGGCUAUACUGAACCAUUAACAAAAUAAAAUGAAGACACACUGCACUGUUAGUGCUGGUUCAGAGCAGCACAGUGAAGAGAAAAGGGAGAGGUUACAGGGAAGCUUUUUUCCCUAAAUGUUGUUUUUCUAAUUUAGAAUUUAAACUAAUCAGCUGCUUAAUUUGAAUUACUGAUUGUGCAUAUGCAAUGCUAUUUUUGAUUACCGUGCACUGAAGCUUGCUGCCUCUUUGAAGAGUUUUUAAGAAAAUUCUCCUUCAGACAGGAGGAAAAAAAAACAACACAUUCUUGAGUUUCUGUCUUCCUUUCCCUGUCACCACUUUGCAAUGACUCUACCAUGUUUUGCUGAAGUUGCAGAGUUCCUACUGGGAUAGUAACAGUCAGACUCACUUUUUCCCUGGCAAGCUUUUAAAGCCCCCCACUUUCCCCUCUAUUGAUCAAUCUGCUGCAGUGUGUAAAUCAGAAAAGGGGCUGGAACUGAAAAACUCACACAGGGCAUCAUUGUCUGUUUUUAAGCUAUCUAGCUAGGGUGGUAUUGUCUGCCCUGCAAUAAAAAAGAACAGGCCACGUGAUUAAACUGCACAUUUUUACCAUAA